UCUCAAGCAAAAGCUUCUUUUCCGUGUUUUCCAAUAAGAACUCAAUUGGGUGGGAAUCCAGCAGAAUUCCUUCCUUUUCAAAAGAUGUUCAAGGAUCUGGCAGAUGAGGCAGUGGUGAAAUCUGAGCCGGUUUACUACCAGUUCGCUGGCUGCGCAUGCACGCUGUGCGCACACAUGCGCAGUGCUCACCACGCACCAAAUGCGAGGUGCAGACAUGCACAGUGCAAGCCAAAAGGAGGCAUGGGAGCCCCUCCUGCACCAAGUGGGGAAGACCCAUCAUUUAAAGAUACUUGCACAAAUGCUACAAAGACACUUUGCCUCAGGAGACAGCAAAGACUAGGAGCAAAAUGCCUUUAGUCCGGUCUCUUUCGGUCACUUCUCUCAACGGUCUUCCACAAUGGGACAGUGAAGAUUUACCAGUAGAAGACCUUUUGCUCUUUGAAGUCUCUUGGGAAGUCACCAAUAAAGUUGGUGGCAUCUGCACAGUGAUCCAGACAAAAGCCAAAACCACUUUAGAAGAAUGGGGGGAAAAUUACUUUCUCCUUGGCCCUUAUUUCGAGCAUAACGUGAAGACGCAGGUGGAACUCUGUGAACCUCCCAACGCAGCAGUGAAGAAAGCGAUGGAUGUCAUAAAAGCCAACGGGUAUCAGGUCCAUUUUGGGAGAUGGCUGAUUGAAGGAAGCCCCUACGUGGUGUUGUUCGAUAUAGCAUCAGCAGCUUGGAAUCUGGACAGAUGGAAAGGGGAAUUCUGGGAAGCCAGCCAUAUCGGAAUUCCUUACCAUGACCGGGAAGCAAAUGAUGCCCUCAUCUUUGGAUCGCUAACUGCCUGGUUUUUGAAAGAGCUUGCCAGUCAGUUCGAAGAGAAGCCCAACGUUAUAGCUCACUUCCAUGAAUGGCAAGCUGGCCCCGGUCUCAUCCUGUGCCGGUUCAGGAAGAUUCCAAUUGCAACCAUUUUCACAACUCACGCGACUCUGUUAGGAAGGUACCUGUGUGCAGCGAGCAUAGACUUCUACAAUCAUUUGGACCAGUUUGAUAUAGAUAAAGAAGCAGGGGAAAGGCAGAUAUACCACAGAUACUGCAUGGAACGGGCCUCGGUGCAUUGCGCGCAUGUGUUUACCACGGUCUCUCAGAUAACGGCCAUAGAAGCGGAUCACAUGUUGAAGAGAGCAACUGAUGUUGUCACGCCCAAUGGCCUCAACAUUAAGAAGUUCUCGGCUAUGCAUGAAUUUCAGAAUUUGCAUGCCACCAAUAAAGCCAGGAUCCAAGAGUUCGUUCGAGGUCAUUUCUACGGCCAUCUUGACUUCAACCUUGAAAAGACUUUGUUUUUCUUCAUCGCCGGGAGAUAUGAGUUUUCCAACAAAGGAGCGGACAUGUUUUUAGAGGCCUUAUCAAGAUUAAAUUUCCUGCUGAGGGUGCACAGAAGUGAUGUCACAGUCAUUGUGUUCUUUAUAAUGCCAGCAAACACCAACAAUUUCAACGUGGAGACAUUGAAAGGCCAGGCAGUUCGGAAACAGCUAUGGGACACCGCACAUUCAGUGAAGGAAAAAUUUGGUAAGAAACUCUAUGAAGCGCUGCUAAGAGGAGAAAUUCCUGACAUGAACAAGAUCAUAGAUCGUGAUGACCUAACUAUUAUGAAACGAGCCAUCUAUUCCACCCAGCGGCAGAGCCUCCCACCAGUGACAACACACAACAUGAUCGAUGACUCCAGCGAUCCCAUCCUGAGCACCAUCAGACGCAUCGGUUUGUUCAAUAAUCGAACGGAUCGAGUAAAGGUCAUCCUACAUCCUGAAUUUCUUUCUUCAACGAGUCCAUUAUUACCAAUGGACUAUGAAGAGUUUGUCAGAGGCUGCCAUCUUGGAGUCUUUCCAUCAUAUUAUGAACCCUGGGGGUAUACUCCAGCUGAGUGCACCGUCAUGGGCAUCCCCAGUGUUACCACGAACCUGUCGGGAUUUGGCUGUUUCAUGCAGGAACAUGUAGCUGACCCAGCUGCUUAUGGAAUUUACAUUGUGGACCGGCGAUUUCGCUCUCCGGAUGAGUCUUGCAAUCAGCUGACCCAGUUCCUGUACGCAUUCUGCCAACAGUCGCGGCGACAAAGAAUUGUCCAGAGGAACCGAACGGAGAGGCUUUCCGAUCUGCUGGACUGGAGAUAUUUAGGGAGAUAUUAUAUGCAUGCCAGACACUUAGCUCUGAGUCGGGCUUUUCCUGAAAAAUUUGAGAUGGAACCAAAUGCUCCACCCACGACAGAGGGUUUUCGUUACCCACGUCCUUCAUCUGUGCCUCCCUCACCUUCCGUUUCUCAGCACAACAGCCCUCAUCAAAGCGAUGAGGAAGUGGACGAUGACGAAAGAUAUGACGAGGAGGAAGAGGCUGAGAGAGACAGGCAGAACAUAAAAUCCCCCUUCUCCUUCACUGCUAUGCCAUGGAGGAAGAAGAAGCAGCAUGGGGAAUACAGGAACUAAUCCGUCAAAUCCUUUAUUCAUGGCCUUGA